AUGUCUGUUCCAUACCAGUGUAUUGUGGCGCGCAGCUCAGUAUCCACAGAAGACUGGACGGUCUUUGGUGCGAGCGGCUCCAAGAUCAUAGUUCAGUCCAGUCGUGGAACAACGACGACAUGGCCACAGCAAGACGCUCAGAUUGAAGAUCAGCAGGAGGGCGAUUCCGAAGAGCGGCCAGGAAAACGUAUCAAAUUGGAACAACCUAUAGAGCAAAAGUCGAAUUUCUCCAGUCUCAUCCUUUCGAGUGAUGGAAAAUACUUGGUGGGCAUCACUGGCGAAGACAAGUGUAUCCGCGUCUUCCAGAUUGAUUCCCAGAAUCGGCUACAGCAAUUGAGCGAAAGGUGCAUGUCAAGACGACCUUCCUCGAUCACUCUCACUUCCGAUAACGCGGCUAUCUUAUGUGCCGACAAGUUUGGCGAUGUAUACGCACUGCCACUUCUUCCGUCGCUUGACGACGAUAAAGUAGAAGAGCAAUUCGAAGCACCGGCGACUGAACAGCCGGAUCAGAAAGAAUGGGUGCCUUCCGCUACUACCCUGACUGUUCACUCUGGUAGAAAUAGGAAGACUCUUGAAGAGCAGCUCAAGCAGAAAGCAAAGGGGCCAGCGAGGUCCAAAGAGCCUAUGCGAUUCAAGCAUGAGCUGCUCCUCGGCCACGUUUCUAUGCUUACAAAUGUCGCCUAUACAAAAGUAGAUGGCCAGAGCUACAUCAUCACAGGAGAUCGGGACGAGCAUAUCAGGAUCUCGAGGGGCCCGCCGCAAGCACACAUUAUCGAGGGCUUCUGCUUCGGCCACGAGGCAUUUGUGAGUAGACUUUGCUUCACACAGUCCAGUCUACUUAUAUCUGGUGGAGGCGAUGAUCACUUGUUUGUAUGGGACUGGCAAAACUACCUCUUGAAGGAGAAGUUGGCUAUUCGAGAUCUUGCCUUUGUUCAUCUUCAGGGACGUAACUUGGUUCCAACAGGAAUAGAGUCCGCGGCUUACAAGAUCGCGGUCUCGGGCAUAUGGAACCUACCAAGUAGAGACGGGGCCGAGACCGUCCUUGUGGCGUGCGAGGGUGUACCCGCGCUGUUCAACUUCACACUAGGUGGAUCCACUACGGGAUACCCCAUUCCAUUGAACGGCAACGCGCUUGACGUUGCCAUCAUUCACACCUCUACAGGUUCGUUGAAAUUGGCCGUUUCGAUCGACAACGUCCAGAAGCCAGGCUCAACGACCGAAGUUCGGGAGGACAAGGCGCCAAGACUGCAAUGCCUCGCUAGACAGCAAGACGGUGGAUGGCACGAAGAUGUAGAGCUGUCAAACACGUUGAAGAGCUUCGAACAGGGUGGUGACAACCUGCUCGCAGAUGACAAAGCAGUGCGAGACAUGCUCUACAAUGUGGAGAAUCUUAGGAAGCGUCCAGGCGCGGAAGAUUAG